AUGAGAGCGACUCGCGCAAACUACAACCCGGUCGCGCCCCCGGAGGCGAUUGUCCAAGGGCCGCAAUGGCGAUUCACCGUCCUCGGCGACAGUGUCUUGCGCUACGAGUGGGCAGAAGACGGCGUUUUCGAAGAUCGUGCCUCGACCUUUGCCGUCAAUCGCAAAUUGCCCACCCCCAAGUUCCGUGUCGUCGAGUCCGACAAUAAACUUGACAUCAUUUCCCCCACGUUUCAUCUCUCCUAUGACAAGAAGCGAUUCAGCACAAAUGGGCUCAGCGCCAGCAUUGCCGGCAAGGUGACGCUGUGGGGUUCGUACUGGCGCUAUGGACAAGGGCAGCAGGACAAUCUCGGCGGCACGGCUAGAACCUUGGACGGUGUCGACGGACGUUGCGACAUGGGCGAUGGCAUCUUGUCGCGUCAAGGCUACUCGACCAUUGAUGACAGCGACUCCAUGCUGUUUGAUGACAAUGGCUUUGUGAGCCCUCGUCGUGAGGGCGAUCGCAUCGACGGGUACCUGUUCUGCUACGGCCCCGACUAUCGUGGUGCGAUGGCUGCUUUUUACGCCGUUUCCGGUACUCAGCCGCUCGUGCCCCGCUACUCCCUCGGCUGCUGGUUCAGUCGCUACUAUACGUAUACCGCAUCGGAAUACAUUGGCCUCAUGGACCGGUUCCAGCAAGAGGAGAUUCCGCUGUCAGUCGCAGUGCUCGACAUGGACUGGCACCUGGUCCACGGCGACGAGGUCCCUCAUGCCGGUUGGACCGGCUACACGUGGAAUAAGAAGCUAUUUCCAGACCCUGCCGGCUUCGCUGCCGCGCUGCACAAACGCGGCCUGCGCAUGACCCUCAAUGAUCAUCCCCACGAAGGCAUCUACCACCAUGAGGAAGCCUACGAUAAGAUGGCCGCUGCAUUGGGCCACGAUACCUCUGAGAAGGCCCCCAUCCUUUUCGACCCGACGGAUCCUGAAUUCAUGCGCGCCUUCAACCAAGUUCUCCACCGCAAUCUGGAGGAUCAGGGUUGCGAUUUCUGGUGGAUUGAUUGGCAGCAAGGUCCGCACUCCAAGGUUCCCGGCCUCGACCCUCUGUGGCUGCUCAAUCACUUUGGCUAUGUCGAUAACGAAGAGACCACGAAGGAAACCCAGCCUCUGAUCUUCUCACGAUACGCUGGCCCGGGCAGCCACAGAUACCCCGUGGGCUUCUCCGGCGACACCAUCAUCACCUGGGACUCGCUCCGCUUCCAGCCCGAAUUUACCGCAACAGCCUCCAACAUCGGAUAUGGAUGGUGGAGCCACGAUAUCGGCGGUCACAUGUUUGGCCACCGCGAUGACGAGCUGUCCGCGAGAUGGGUUCAGUUGGGCGCCUGGUCUCCGUUGCUCCGCCUCCACUCUUCCGACAGUAGGUGGUCGGGCAAGGAGCCCUGGAAGUAUCGCCGAGAAGCUCGUGAGGCUAUGCGCUCGGCGAUGCAACUGCGACAUAAGCUAAUCCCCUACAUUUACUCUCAUAAUGUGGCCGAUUCGCUCCUCAGCCCGCAGCCGCUCAUUCAGCCCAUGUACUGGGACUACCCCAAGGACGAUGAGGCCUACCAGUAUUCGAACCAGUACAAGUUUGGCUCUGAGCUGAUUGUUUGUCCGAUUGUCGAUCCAGUUGACCCCAAAACGAAUCUCGCCAAGGUCACAGCUUGGCUGCCCGACAGCAGCGCCCGUGUCGUCGACAUCUUCUCCGGCAGGGUUUACAGCUCUGGGCGCGUUGUCGACCUGUACCGACCUCUUUCCGCUUACCCUGUUCUAGCUAAAGAAGGCGCUGUCGUCCCGUUCGACCACGCUCGGGUACCCAAAAAUGGCUGCAAGAACCCAGAGAGCCUCGAAGUCGUCGUUGUGGUGGGUGCUGAUGGAAAGUUUGAUAUCUGGGAGGAUCCCCGAGAUGGUGUCGCCGGUAUCACAAACGUGGAUGACUCUGAUAGCCUUGCUCUUGGACAUCGUAAAAUGCAUGUUCAGUACGAGCAAGCCGCUGGGAGAGUCACCACCAAGGGCUGGGGCAAGAGGUGGGCCUUUCGCUUCCCUGGUGUGUGUGAUAUUCGAUCGGAAGAUGUUCACGUCUUUGUCAACAACGCGCCCUACAAGAGUGCCUCUGUCCGAGUGGAGGGCGCUUCUGGCUCAGCUUCAGAUGGAUUGUUCAAAAGUGGUCUACUGGUUGAGAUUGCGGAGACAUCAUAUGAUGAUGAGAUCAGGGUCGAGCUGGGACCUGAACCUCAGCUCAGCGUUGUGUCGCCUCGGGACGAGAUUGAAGCGCUUAUUCAAGACGCACAAGUCGAGUUUUCUGUUAAAGAUGCUGUUUGGAAGGUUGUUACAUCCAAGCAGAGCAACAUCUCGAAGCUAGCGCACUUGCAGAGCAUGGCUGUGGACAAGAGUCUGUCUGGUCCCUUGUUUGAGCUUUUGUCUGCCGACAAUAGACUAGCAUAG